AUGAAUUCCGUAUUUUCUGCAUUUAAAUCGUCCUCAUCCUCAUCCUCGUCGUCGUCGACGGUGGCGAACAGUAGCGCCAACGGUGGUGGAACGAACUCGACCGGGAACGGCGGUAAACAUGACACCAGCAACGGUACAACCGUUCUCGCCAACGGCGUUUCCGGUGGUCCCAAGUCGGCGUCCAAGCUGCUGCUGAACAUUAAAACCCACCGACCCGCGGUGGCCGACCAUCCGCCCAACAGUAGCUACGAGAAGCUGCGGCAUAUCCGCGAGAUAAGCUGCACCAACCGGAACAACAGCCUGGUCGGGACGCUCGACCGCACCGGCACGCAGUCGGAGGAGAUCCCGUCGGUCGCGACAACGCCCGUCCAAAGCCCGACGACGCUCGACGAGCAGGUGGUGCUGAUGGCCAACGGUAUCGACACCUCGCCGUCCACCAUGAUGAUGAACGGCGGCUUCGAGGGAGCGGCAGGUCCGCGAACGGCAGGGGGCAACUCCGCGACCGGUCUCGAUCAGGUUGAUCAUCACUACCUUCCCGCGCAUAAUCAUCUACAACUUCACCACGUCACCUCAACGCAACUACCUUCCACGAAAAGUAAUGCCAGUUCGGUGGACGGAGCAUUCUCCUCCACCAAACUCCAAGUAAAGGCUGACGCAACGACGGGUGAUAGCAACAGCAGCAGCAGUAGGAGCAGUAGUAGCUGUAGUACUAGUAGAGCGACAACAACGAUGCCUAACGGCCACUGCAGUGAUAGUUUACCACCGAAGUGGAACCACACUCCGGACCAUGGACCGACGAUGGCGGUGACAGUUCCCCUGGCAAUCAAACCUCCCUCCGGUGCCACCGUCUCCAGCACGGCGUUGCCAUCAGCUGCCAACGCAAGCGGCACAAGUAGCAACACCAGCAGCAGUAGCAGUUCUUCGGGGACGUCCACGUCCAAUACGACCGCUACCAUGCCACCACGAUUCCACAAACCUAGGCUAAGUCUGAGCAGUAGCAGCGGACUAUCAUCCGCGAACAUGCCCGCGGUCCAUGGCCGAACAGGUCCGAACGUUGGCAAUGGCAGCUCGUCGGGGAUGCCACCGCCAAAGACGAGACUUUCAACGCACCAAAGGAAUCUUAGUUUAGAUUUUAGAUCGAUGGGAAUCCUCUUGCCUCCCGUGUCGCAGGUGACCAACACUCGGAUCAACAUGACGCAGCACCAUCGGAAUCGCAGCUUGGACAGUGCCCUUCAACGGAUACCGGAGGUGGAAGUUUCCUCGCCGUCCGCGGAAUCAGAGAACACACUGCACUGCCCGAACGCCAUCCUCAGUGGAACGAUGUGCAGCAAAAUCAUUCAAACCUCAUCCACCAACCCGACCAAUACGCCGAGCAACAGCGGUGGCCGAGGAUCGUCGGCAUCUGCGGUGGGACCAACGCCAACGGGUACCCUCGGGACGGUACACGGUGGAAAUGGAGGAACACAGGGCGUCGAGAUGCGUAAACAGGCAGCCGGCAAGGGGGAUAAACUAGAUCGAGGAAGUGCCACGUUACGGACAUUGAAGGGAAGUCACUCCACCGACGCGGAGACGAUAAGUGGUUCGAAGGACAGCGAGAGCAAAAAGCGUGAAGAUCUAACGAGUCUUGGUUCGGACGAUUCGGGUAUUAUUUGCGGCUCGGAACCAGACCACACGUCACUGACGCGCAUUCGAAGGUCGCGGGAAAGCCUAGACUCUGGUGAGAUCGAUCCUUCCGAGGAAGAGUGCAUAGAAAUCCUGGAGACUACCUCGAUGGAGGAAGAGUAUCGGAUGCUACAGUCCGACCUGUGCUUCUACCCGGUCGUGGAACGACAGAAGGACGAUGGAGCGCAGACGGAUGAUGCUUGCAUCGAACCGCAGCAGACGACAGUGACAGCGGCCGGGUCCGCGCUGAACCAGGGUCCACUCACCGAUAAGGUGCGCUACCGGCAGCAGAACAUGACCCGGGCCGCCAUCAUGCUGGAGAAACUGUUCGUCCCGAUCGACUACGAGGAUGGGAUCGCCGGGGCGGGAGUUGGCAACGAGGAGGACGAGAUGCUCCUGCCGGACGCACCGACACCAAUCGUCGGCGAAGGAAAAUCCCUGACAACGCCCACCAACGCCCUGACACCCGUCCUGCCGGGUGGGGGGGUGGCCGUCGCUUCCGCUACCGCAGCAACCAUUGUGCCAAGUACAAACACCGCCAGCGCGGGCGAGAAGGCCGGCGGUGGCAGUGAAUCACAGCCGCCACCCCCGGCACCACCGACGAAGGCGGAUCAAAAGAACGAAGUGAUCUUCCGGAACUUUUUCGGUGCGACCAAGAACGCCAUCUUUCGGACGGCGCAGAGCAUCAUCGAUAAUCACGAGAAGAAGCAUGCGGCCAAAAACCGCGACAAAGGACAGACGUCGUCGGAAGAGGCGACGGCGGCCAAUAGUGUAGGAUUGAGCGGGACAACCGGUGGUUCAUCGGGUGGGAAUGGUGCCGUAGCGACGGUGAAAUCGCCGACGGAACUAUCGAGGAAGCGGGAAUUUGGUAGCAUGUUCGGAUCGCGAAGCAAACAGCAACAAACGAGUAGCGUCACGUCGCCUACCGUUAGCGAACCGCCGACGGAGGCGACCACAGGUGAGGCAUUGGCAGCUGGAAAUCACCUGCUUGUCGUCGCUCCCAAGACGGCCUCACUAUCGAAAUCAUCAUCGACCGCGUCGCUGAAGGUGGUACCGGGGGUGGCCGUUGCGGCCAGCUCGUGUCUCCCAUCCGUCGAACAUUGCGUCAAUGGCAGCGUGGCGCGCGAUGACUCGCAAAGCCGAAACGAGCGAAGCGGCCAGAGCGGCCUGUUGCGGUUCUUCGAGUCGCCUGUCUUCAACAUCCACUUUGCCGUCCACUAUUUGUUCUACUCGAAGGAACCGGGCGUGCUGAGCUUCAUCGGGAACAAGAUCUUCAGCUUCCCGGACGCCGAGGUGGACCUGUACAUUCCGCAGCUGAUCGUGAUGUACAUGCAGAUCGAGGAACUGUCCGAGGUGCUCGACCCGUAUCUGGUGUACCGGUGCCGGCAGUCGGUGGACUUUUCACUCAAGUGCGUUUGGCUGCUGGAGGCGUACAACUUCAACAUGGAGAUGCUGAGUGCGGCCGGAAACAGCAUUCGCAAGCACCUGAGCCUGCUGAGGGAGCUCUACCCGAAGCGGGAGCGCGUGAAGACAGUAUGUCCGAGUAAGGUAUCGCCGAGUGGAGGAGAUUCAGGAGCAGGAGCGCAACAUAACGAUCCAGCAUCUGGUUCCGGACAACAUGCGGCGUUGUCGGCCGUACGGAAAACGCACCACCGUUCGCAAUCGGAUGCGACCGGCAUGCUAGGGAUGCUUGCGCAACACCUUCUGCAUCCCCUUCCCGCUCUUCCACCGAGCAGCAGCAGCAGCAGUAGGACGGCAUGUCUGGGAGAUUUGAGUACGGGGCGUGCCUUCGACAACGGUUGCCCCUGCUUCGAAUCCGUCCGGGGCACGGUAAAUGACCUACUCGGCCAGCAGACGGUAUGCUCGUGCGGUGCACCGAAGCUGGCGCCCGAAAAGGAGUUCAUGAAGGCGCUGAUCGACAUCGGCAAAAUGCUCACCUGCCUGCAGACGAAGAUCGAAAAGACGUCGCGUUUACGCAUCCUGCUAAACCUGAUCAACAAGAACCUGCCGGCGCGCGUGUGGCUUCCACUGCACUCGGAAACCCCGCACCACGUGGUGCGCAUCACCGAGGAGAAGACGGCCGUGCUCAACUCCAAGGAUAAAACGCCGUACAUCAUCUACGUGGAGGUGGUGGAAGUGCACGACAUUUACACCUCGCCCGUCAUUCCCAAGCUGAUGCCAACGCUUCGGCACACCAAGAGCGAGGAACGGCUGGACAGCGGACUGAACGGUGAACCGUCGCCAGCCGCAGUGCCCCAAACGAAGACUGACAUACCAACGCAAGCGCCGCCGCAAUCCAGUGAGGACGCGACUUCGACGCAACCAUCAGCAGCCCUGGCGGCGACGUCGACACGAGCUGCCGGAGGACGACAUAGCAAGCUGUCGGAGUGUUCGGUGGAGAAUGGCGUCGGCACCGCCGGAGCUAGUGGUGGAAGCAUGAUGGAGCUCGGGUUGACCGAGGAUGACGUGUGGUCGCAGGAGGACGACGAAAUAACGGCCCAGUAUCUGAGCCUCACGAAAAUGUCCACCGAUCGGGACACCAUAUCGCAGUUCUCCGUCGAUUCGUACGACUCCCGGGAACAUCAUACACCAGCGCUUUUCAACAUCGGCGAAGUCAAGAAGCGUCACUGUGCCAACCUUAACUCGGAGAACGCGAAACCGUUCAGUAACGAUCCUUCGGAUCCAUCCGCUGCCGCCCUCAAAGAACCGUGGCACGAGAAGGAGAAACAAAUCCGUGAGUCUUCACCGUACGGGCAUCUCCAGAACUGGAAGCUCCUUUCGGCGAUCGUGAAGUGCGGGGACGACCUGCGACAAGAACUGAUGGCUACACAACUGUUGCAGAUGUUCAAGCUGAUUUGGGACGAAGAAAUGGUGGGUCUUUGGGUGCGCCCGUACCGGAUCGUGUGCCUAUCGAACGACUCCGGGCUGAUCGAGACGAUCGUCAACACCGUGUCGCUGCAUCAGAUCAAGAAGAAUUCCAACAAGAGUCUGAAGGACUACUUUGUCGACGAGUAUGGCGCACCGGAGACGGAUCUGUUCCGUCGUGCGCAGCGCAACUUUAUGCAAUCCUGUGCGGCGUACUGUCUGAUAUCGUACCUGCUGCAGGUGAAGGAUAGACACAACGGCAAUAUUCUGCUGCAUUCCGAUGGACACUUGAUCCACAUAGAUUUUGGAUUCAUUCUCAGCAUAUCGCCGAAAAAUCUAGGCUUUGAACAGUCACCCUUCAAACUAACGCCCGAGUUUGUCGAUGUGAUGGGCGGCCCGGAAUCGGAGUUGUACUGCGAGUUCAAGUAUCUGCUCCUGGACGGGCUAAAGGCAGCCCGGAAGCACAUGGACCGAAUCAUCAACAUUGUGGAGAUAAUGCGAAGCAGUUCCCAGCUGCCUUGCUUUAAAAACGGGUGCUCCGGCACGGUACGCAACUUGCGGAACCGGUUCCACAUGAACCUCACCGAGCAGGAGCUGGAGCGGAAGGUGGAGCAGCUGAUACAGGACUCGCUCAAUUCGCUCUCGACGAAGCUGUACGACGGCUACCAGUACAUCACGAACGGCAUCUUGUGAGAGCGAUUCUACAUGAAAAUCUAAGUGUGAUGCUCUGGGCGACGGGAUGGUUGGAUGUGAGACAUCGGGCGGAUACGACGUACGCAGGCCACGGAAAUGGCCCAACGGCGAAAAAAGAAGAGGACGUAUACCAGAGUACAAAUCGAUCGUGUGCGAGUUGCGUUUGGCGAGAGAGGAGGAGGAGGGCGAAGUGGGCAGCGGGAUCCCAACAAACAAGGUUCGCGUGCUUAUAUAAAAACAGUUGAUGUUGUAUUUUGUAAGCGAUUUCCACGCUUUUCUUUACACAAUCUAAAAGAGGUGUUAUUUAUUGUAACGCUAUUUGUUAUAAUUGUUUGUGCCCUACCAACAAAGGACAGGGGCGGGGAGAGUACGAAUUAGGGAGAGACAAACGUCCCCGAGAGUGUUGUAAUUGACGCAUUCGCAUCAUCAUUGCCUUCGGUUGCAUUUUUAUAUACGUUUUUAUGCGUGGAUUUAGCCGGAAAGAGGGAUCCUUUAAUCCAUCUCCGUUCAGCUGCUGUAAAUGUCGUUUGAAGAAAAAAGGGGAAAAAAUGGAACCGCCAAAACACCGUGCAGAGAUGGUAGAAUGUAAUCGACGCCGUAGGUCGAAAAAGACGAAGAAAAAAAAUAUAGCAACUAAUCAAUGCAACUAAAAGACCAAUGGAACAACACACGCAGCAACAUCCUUCCGGAGUGGCAAAGUGUAGACCGUAGUCAUCGAUGUGUGCUUUCGUUUUGUUCUUUCUUUUUUAUUAUACAUAUAUAUAUAUUGUACAUAAACGAAUUGCGAUGGGGAAAGGAAAUCAAAAUGAGUUGCCACCAGUCUCUCGAAGCUUUUUGAUCAGGCCCGUGUGGCACGUGUGAAAAGGGAGUAAGUUAGUAAAAGAGGAUAAUGACGGGGGAUAGAAAGGUCACAAAUUCGGAAAUGAACGCUAUGUUGUAACUACAAGCAACAACAUUAGCUUUUGUAUGAAGAAAGCCAGUUGGCUUGCGUUUUUUUUUAAUAAUUCUUAAAUCCUAAAUUUAAAUGUCCACAGUUCACAUCUCAUAGCCAACUCGGUUCACCGAGAGUGUUGAAGAGUAGAGCUGAAUGUAUGUAAACUACACUAGCUUAGAAGCAGCAGCAAAUCAUCAAAAGCGGAAGAGGAAUCACACAAGGCCCUCCAAGAGAACUAACUCAUUACGAAACAAAAACUCAUAACUAUCGCUUUUUUUAGUUUUCACAUGCAGAAUGGGAAAAAAAUCGGAAUCGAAGCAAAAGACGAAAGUGAUGCAUCUUUUCGCUUCAACAACCACCACAGACAAAGUUGCUUAAAAUAAGGCAGGAGUGUACGUUGGCGAGCAUAAAAGCAAAAAAACCCCAAAACAUGCUGUCUGGGUGGGUGUAUGUGUGUGUGUGUGUGUGUCUGUGUGCAAAUAUUUUCACGGUGCGCAUAGGUAGAAGAAGUAAAAACAAAUGUAAAACAAAGUGAAAAAAACAUUAACGAUAAGUCGAUGUAAACGGUUGUAAAUAGACAGGUAGAUAAGGAUGUAAUUCAAAGGAACCACAAAGCCACCCCAGCCGCACGUGAAAACAUACCGAUACACACACACAAACACACGUGACAACCUUCCGGAGAAAGGAACGAUUAGCAAUCGAUCGAUGAGGGAUCGCAGAUGGAAAGCUUGUAAAUAAGUGGCGCCAAAUUCGCCCAAGUUUGAGUUCCAUCGCGUUCGCCCAUCCUGUAAACCAGCUUCUUCAGCUUCGUCCAACUGAAUCGGCUAAAUCUAGUUAAAAUACCUACUGCCGCCAAAUGACUUGGUAGCCGCUAGAAUGCAAUUUUGAAAACUACAAUCUAUUGGAAAGCACACAAACCAAACACUUUCUCCAUUUAUAUAUCUCUCUCUUAGAUCUCUCUUCGCUUCAUCUUAUCUCUUGUAUAUUCCUAACUAAUUAGAACCCGGGUGGAAUAAUGAAUGUUCACACCGGCGAUCGGAACGUAUGAAGUAGAGAAAGUCGGCUGAAAAUAGUAUGGAAAAAAUGUUCUAGGAGCCGCAAAACUCCUAAGACUGAAGACACCCAAUUAAGACUCAUAAUCAAACCGCCCCUUCCCAUGUUCCGAUAAUUGCAAUUCAGGACCGCUCGUUCCGUUUCUGAACCAAGAAUACUCAAACUCUUACGACGUGUCCAUGGCCGCCACCGGGUGCCGGGUGAGGAGGGAUGAAGUGUUGUGAGGGACAACAUCCGCACAAAGUCGGGUUUUGUCCCUCUUCGAUCGAUGCCACCACCGGGUCAGUUUUAAGGAAACAGUCGUUGGGUCUGUCGUUUGAUAUCUUAUAGGUUUAGGUUUAGGUAUGUUCGCGUAGGGUUAUGUUUUUUUUAUACAAUCGUUUCUUUUCAUUCAGUUAGUGUAUUGUGAAAUUUCGGAAGUGUAAAGAAUUUUCUCGAUAGAAAGGUAAAAAAGAAUUGUAUGUUCCGAUCUACGGUUUAUGGAUAUUUGCUUAACACAAAAACGCUGUUCCAUAAUGUGCUAUAUAUGUGUAUGUAUAAUGUUCACAUUAACUACGUUCCGGGAUAAAACUGUAUCGGGUUCCGUUUAUAUCCUUAUGAUUAUCCUUAGUUUUACCGCCCUCACUUGUAACGAGAAACAGGAGGGGGAAACGGGCAGAUGGCGCAGAAUUGUACAGAAACGUUAAGAAA